AAGAAGGAUUUGAUGAAGAUAAAGAAGACAAAGAAAUUGACAAUGAAGAUACAAAUAAAAAUAGAUUGGUUUAUGAUGACUAUUAUGAGAAAGGUGAAGAAUUGAGUGUUGUUCUAGACUAG